UAUGUAUUGGCUUUGAAUAGCGAUCACCAGAUAUACGGCUGGGGGUUAUGUCAGACUCCCAAUGGAGACACCUAUAAUAAACCGCACAAAAUAUUACUCAAUAAUGAUAUUGAAUUGAAAAUUGAAAAAAUAUCAUGUAUUUGGGAGACAGCUCUGGCUCUGACAUCCGAUGGACAGAUGUGGUUCAAAGUAAUGUACAAAACAUUGGAAAAUAUAGGAUCCGGUGGUUUUGGAGUUGUAAAUAAAGUGGAGUAUAAACAGACGGGCAAAAUAUAUGCGCGUAAAGAAUGCUUACUACUAAAUUUAGAAGAAGAUCAAAAUAGGAAUUUAUGUGACUUCGGUUUGUCUAAACUCGUGGAUGUAUUGAAUGAUGAAUACAAACAAAGUAGUGUUGAAAAUACCGAUAUUUCCAAAAACAAUGUUAAUUAUAUGGCACCCGAAGCCCAGUCGGGAACUAAUUAUAACCAUUUAGUAGAUGUCUAUAGUCUGGCACUCAUUGGAGCGAAAAUAUUUGGUUUCGAGACCAGAGAUAUCAGAGACGGAGUGUAUAUCGAAAUUUAAGUUUGAAAGUAUUGAUAACAUUGAACUCCAGAAUAAAAUGGUUGAAAUGUACAAAUUAUUGCUAUCAAUGAGUGUUAAUAAAUAUACAGAGAAUUGUGCGGAAAGUGAGGAUAUAUGGAAACAAAGGCCCGAAUGUGGAGUCAUU